UAAAGCUGCUUCCCAGGCAGCUGCAUAGACCAAUGCGUAGCGGGGGUGAACCUGCCGUGGCAGCGAUGGGACGAGCACGGAGAAAUGACAGCUUGUGCAGGAAUUUAGGCUAAACUGCAUCCCAUCACUGACAGGACUGCAACUGUCGGCUCGGUCGAACUAUGUAACAGCGGGCAUUUCUCCCUUUCGAGGCGUUAUAUUUUUAUUUAUUUAUUUUUAAAUCUAAGAAUGGAUCCGGUGAAAUGGGUACUAAAGUUAACCCAGCGGUGUCCUUUGGAUGUUGCGGUGCUCCGUCUCCAACUCGACUAGGUUUCAAUGCUUGUGGAAAUGCUACCUCUCUCUGUGGGACGGUGAAAUAAUUUGCAGCAGUAAGGGGGAUAGUAACAGGAACGGGUGUGAAGGAGAUAACGGAAUUACCUCUCUGACCGAAGAACUGUGUGAGCCACCGUUCACUCUGAAUUUCUCCAGGAUUUCACCCUGCUGAGGACACUGGAGCCUUUCCAGGGAAUUGUUAUAUAGGUAGACUUUCUUUUUGCAUGUUGUUUUUGUCGGCUGAACAUAUCCAAUUCAUGCAAUUUCACUGCAUGAGCCGUUCAUUUUAAGAGAUUUAAAGAGCGGUCAGUAUAACGCUCUUUAAAUCGUUAAAUUGCACUUUUUAUUGGGAGGAAUUGAAGCUCUUGCGGAUUAAAUGGACAUAAGGCUGCUCCACAUAAUGUGAGCGUCAGCUCUGAGCUGCCAUUUGUCGUUUCUAACUGUCCGCGUGCACUGUCUAGCACAAAAUUUUUGAUUACGACUCUUGUCACCAGCUGGACAUAGAGCAUUAGCCUUUGGAUAGUCCAGAGAUUAGUUGGUAAUGACAUCAAAAAUCACACAAAAGAUAAUUUGACAAGAUGUAACAUUAUAGUUUUCGUUAAUUAUUUAACUCAUAAUUAACCAGAACCUUUUACGCGCAUCUUUGCAAUGGAUGCAUGUUGCCAUAAGUCCUUUUAUGAUAAAGCACAUUUAGGAGGCGAUGACUUGUAACUUGACAGCAUGAAAACAUCAGUGCACGGAUAAUGGAAAGUUAUUCUACCUGCACAUGUUUGAUGAAGUUGCGUUUACGCACCGGAAAGCAUGCGCUCUACAACUAGGCAAUGAAGAUUUUUUUAGGCAUGUUUUCUUCUUUUCUGAAAGUAGUUUUGCAUCAAAGAUGCAUGACUUUUUUUCAUGAGACAGUCUGCUAUAAAUAAACACUUUUAAUCUGGUAAGCUAUUUAAAAAAUUUUUUUUUUUAAACAUGAUUUGGAUCCGCCUGUGGUGAUUUUCUUGCUGUUUCCAUGCGUCUUUCUUCUUCUCCAGACCUCUGGACGUUGUUGUGGAUUGUGUUGCUAUUUAAUGCAAUGGGCUGUAUCCAGAGUAUCAGGUGUAAGCCUAAGAGUUUCCGAGACAGUAUCAUCGUCCAGGAGGUGAACACUUCCAUUGACCCAAAUCCUACCAGCAUCGACGAGUCAUCCAGCGUGGUCCUGCGCUACCGGACACCGCACUUCCGAGCUCAAGCCCGGGUCCUGGUGCCGCCAGUAGCCGGUAAAGAGACAUGGACCAUCGGCUGGAUUCAAGCCUGUAACCACAUGGAGUUCUACAAUACGUAUGGAAACAAAGGGAUGUCGAGUUGGGAGCUCCCCGACCUGCGUGAUGGCAAAAUCCAGGCCAUUAGCGACUCGGAUGGGGUGAACUACCCGUGGUACGGCAACACCACGGAGACCUGCACUGUGGUAGGCCCCACCAAGAAGGAGAGCAAGUUUACUGUUAGUAUGAAUGACAAUUUCUACCCCAGCGUGACCUGGGGAGUGCCCGUCAGCGACAGCAACGUGCCUCAGCUUAGCAGCAUCCGCCGCGACCAGAGCUUUACGACCUGGCUGGUGGCCAUUAACCAGGCCACCUCAGAGACACUUGUCCUGCAGACAAUCCGCUGGAGGAUGCGGCUUCACAUUCAAGUGGACCCAGAGAAGCCUCUGGCUCACAGGGCUGUUCUGAACGAGCCCGUGGCCCAGGAACAACCACAGAUCCUGGGCAAGAAUGAGCCCAUCCCCUCUAACGCCAUGGUCAAGCCCAACGCCAAUGACGCCCAGGUGCUGAUGUGGCGGCCAAAGAAUGGUGACCCCGUGGUGGUCAUACCACCCAAAUACUGACCUGUUUCACUGACCAGACUGGCCUUGGAUACCUUAACAGUAUCAUCUAUUAUUUGUUUUCUUUCUUUUGUUCCUGCUCAUCACCAGCUCCCACUGCUUUAACCUUUUCCCUCCUUUAUGCCUCUGUAUACUUCUCUCUUACGUUUUAAAGAAGACUGACAGAGAGAAACAGGCAAACGAAACCAGCUCUGAGAAAAAGACCAGCUGUUGCUCUGAGGUCGGGGCUUGAACACACUUUUGAAACUGGAGCGAACAAACUGCAACCAUUCUACCUUCAAACUGGGUCGGGUCGCACUGUGCUAAAUGAAAUCAUUGCAAAAAUGAAAAACAAGAGCAUUUCUUUGUUUUUUUAUUUCAGUUUUAUAUUUUGGCUGUUUGGGCCAAGUGUUGUGGGGUUUGUGAGUGUGGGUGUAUUUAAGUAUUUACAUGAACAUGUCUGCGCACAUGCUCCAUACAUGGACAUGCACAAACCUUAUGUAUGAAUACCAGUUGUAUUUUUAUUUAUGGGCUGGGAAAGAGUGCAUUUAAUUUAGUUUUUUGUUGCAUUGGGUGAUAUUACUAGAUUUUAGUACUUUUUUAAAAACAUGCAAGACAUUCAAUCCAUGCUGCCUUAAGUUUACAUCGCUUUCCACUGCAAACUUUUUUCGCCUUAAACAAAGUGCAAUGCAGUAUUUUGCUCAAUUGUCCCAUCUCUUCCAGACUGUUGGUGCUGGCAUGUGUAGGUUUAGGACAGGAACAAUACCACAGAAGAAGACCCGGACUGAAGGCUUUUAUGUUCAGUUGCAUUUACCUGACAAAUGUAUUUUGUCUCAUGAGUAAAACCUGCAUUAUGCGUAGACACAGUUAUACAACCAAGCGCAAGUGCAUUAUGCAACCCUUGUCAAUAGCACUCAACACAAUAAUAAUGUGCAAUAACAACUUGAGCAAAAAGUAGGAAAGCACUCCACCUUAUUUCAUUCACUUUAUUCUGUUUAUAGGCAGCCGUAGCAUUCAACAUCAGAACACAAGUUUACCUUUGUCUGUAUCACUCCAUCUCAGGGCCCCUUUUCACUUCCUUCCCUUCUUUCAUCCAUCCUGUCUGGCCUACUCUUUCUUGCCACAGUGAGUAACUAAGUGUUUGCAUUGCUCACAUUGAACAAGCAAUGCUUUGAUUAAUAAGCAGCCAUAGACAGGGGAAAUAACUGGAGACUUAAUAUUAUAGAAAGAAAAGGCAACAAAAAUCAAUAAAAUGUGUAUACGAUUGUCAAGAUUGACAGCACAGCAGAUAGCCUGCUGUUUUUAUUCUCCAGUUAUUAAGAUCAAAACAUGUCUCUCAUGUUAACAGUGUUUUUUGCCUUCCACUAUUCUUUCUCUCGUUUUGAUCCGUCUUCGAGGCUGAGAAGCAGAGCAGGAGGCAUGCAAGUUUGAUCCUGACUGCUCGGUUGGCAUAUAGAUGACCCACUUUUGUGCCCUGCCAGUGGUAGCGCUCGCUGCAGAAAUGUGGGGUUUGUCUCCCUUAAGUUCACCCCCAGCAAAUGUAAGACACAGGCAGACGCAUACACAAACAGCUCUGGUCAGCUAAAUACCAACAUUAAAUGAGAUGUCAGUUUAGCUGUUGAGCUUUCAAAAGGGCUUCAGCUGCAAACUUAAAACUUUUAAAAGCAGAGAAAAAUUGCAUCAUUUGGCAUCAUGAGGAGCCAAAAUAUGGGUAAAAAGUUAUUUAUGUGCAUACUAUUUUAAAAUGUGUUAACGAGCUCUGUUAGUUUGUUCUGUUAAUGGCCAGUUUUUCACUUUCACAUGCUACAAACAUCUUCUUACUGUUGGCUCACCAACUUCCUGUGUUUUGCCUCCAACCAAAGAAAUAAUUUGCAUGCAAGUCGGACCUGCUCAUGUAUUUCACAAAGAUCAGUAAGCUGCUGCUAUUUCAGUGUAUUAGUGUCUCCCUACUACCGGCUGUACAAAGCAUUCAUCCAUCAAACAAGCCACAUUUCUUUGUGUUUUUUUUUUUAAGAUAUUCUGUCCAUUUAACCAUUACAAAACAUAACUAUUUUAUGAUUCAACUCAUUAGUACUUUGAUUUGGCUAAUAUUUAUACCAAGACUGUAAAGGAAUAGUUCAACAUUUUGGGAAAUAAGCUUAUUCACUUUUGUUGCAGAGAAUAAGAUUACAAGAUAGAUACUCUCAUGUCUGUGCGCUAAAUAUGAAGCUACAUCUGGCAGGUAGCUUAGCUUAGCAAGACUAGAAGCAGCCUGGCUCUGUCCAAAGAUAACAAAAUACACCUACCAGCACCUCUAAAGCUCACUAAUUAACGCAUUAUAUCUCACUUGUUUUAUCCGUACAAAAACCAAAGUGUAAAAAUUACAAGUUGUGGCUUCACGGGGUUUCUACAUAACCAUCUCCUGGUUGUAGCUUCAUGUUUAGUAUACAGAUACGAGAGUGAUAUCAAUAUUCUCAUCUAACUCUUGGCAAGAAAACUGCAGAGCACCAUGCAGAUUCAUGUUGUAAUAUUUAGCUGAACCAGAGCUAAAAAAAUUUAUAACCACGAUAGCCUCUGCUCUGGGUAGGCUGGGUCGCAGGGCACUGUGGUGAAGGAAGAAGAGAAGUAAAAGACUAUUGGGGGACUGCUGUCAUAAUUAGAUCUACUGUGACACACUUACAUGCCCUAGAUGGACUGAACUGUGCCAAGUCGUGCCAUGCAAUGCAAGGGCCAGCUAGAGUCAUGGGUGAGGUUUAAGUGAGAUCAGAUAGCAAAGGUCAGGGUCAAAGUCGACAGUCGAGUGGCGGUGAGGGAAUGAAUAUGAAGAUGACAACAAAUUGAAUCCAUUUAGACAUUAAAACCAGCUUAAAAUAACAGUGACAUUUACCAAGCGCAACUUGGAUGUCAACCACAAGUUAUUUCAAUUUGGGGUUUGUUUUGAGGGGAGCAGAGAAAGCUGCGGCUCAUGACCUUUCACUUAACGUAGCAUUUGUAUCAGCCUCGUAAUGUCUUGUGAUGAUCUAUUGACACUGUGGAUAGUACUCAAGCUGCACUGUGUAAUUAAACCUUGACACGCAAAGUGUCCCACACUCACAUCAUGUAUGUGUGUGUGUGUGUGUGUGUGUGUGUGUGUGUGUGUUAAAUCCCAUUUGAGGGAUUUAGGCAGGAUGAGGAGUUUCACUGAUGUGAUUCUGUUGUUGAGUCAUGAAUCUCUCUCUCACACAAACAGUGCAGGGAAGGUUACGUCCUUGUCAUAAAACAGGGAAAUAGCUUGCCCCCUCUCUGUCUCUGUCUGACACACACACACACACACACACACACACACACACACACACACACACACACACACACACACACACACACACACACUCCCUGAGGGGAAAGGAGCAGGCCUGGCGUGGUAUCCGAUUGUCACAGCAGUGUCACAUUGGCAGUGUGAACUUAUUUAUCAGCCCUGCACGUGGACCGGCUGAACACAUGCUACAAAGCCAUAUUCACAAACACACCUGUUAACUUACAAACAGGAAGUGACACGUGUAUUUUUUGUGUGGUUAAAUAAGAGUGAGUAGGUUAUGAAAGAGAAAUGGAAGUAUUGAGGUCACUGAGUAGGUGCCUGUCAACAGCAUUUCAUGUUAUAUUGUAGGAUAAGGGCACUAAUAGUCUUCUCUGUGUGUGUCUGAGUCUGUUUAAGAUGUGUUAAUGUGUAUUUUAUGUUCGCACAACAGAAGAACUUCAUAAAUGCUUUAUGUGCUUCCUUAACUAAGCCACAGAAAAACAAAAUCGCACAUUUUUAAUUUGCUCUAUGGAGGGCAAAAGGUGCCAAAAUUGGACAAAGCCAAAACUAUGCAGAAGGACAUUGUUAGUAACUCGUGAACUCUAAAACCUCUUGGCACUUAAUAACAAGCCUGCUUUCAGUUGUUUUUGAUCAUUAAAUGCAUUAGCAUAUUUGUAUUUCCAGAGAAACAUCACAAAGGCAAAUGUGGAUGAAAGCCUCCUCUCAUAAAUCUACACCAUUACACUUCUUCUGAGGGCUGCUACCUUUGCUUCAGAACGUUAUGCAGUUAUUUAACUCCCAUGACACAUCAGUGAAUCAUCAUCCUUUUAUUUAAACCAAUAAAACAUCCCAAGUUCACACUCAGGACCUCCUGCCUUCAUCCUGCCUUUGACUUUUGGUUCUAUCCCAUGAAAAAGAAAAGUUCAGUUCAUCUUGCUGUUCUUCUUACUUCAAAAAUAAAGUCAACAUGGUUUAAAUACAAAUGUAGCACAUACGAUAAUAUGAGCGACCAUGUAUGCUUCUCAUUUUGUUUGGCUUGUUUUCUGGAAAUACAUCACUGGAAUAGUUAAAGCAGUUUGUGUUUUUUUUUUUUUUUUUGUAUAGCUUUGACUUUUACACCGAUACUUGAAAAUGGGUCAGUUCUGGCAAAUAUUUAAAACUGUGAAAAUGCAACCCCUGAAAAAAUACAUAAAAAGUUUUUUUUUCAUGAAUGAAUAAAACGUACAAUUAUUA